AUGCCCGACCGAUACACGUAUAGUCCCAAUCGCAGCUCCCAGGCCACCCUCACCCCUCCCGACUCGUCCGACAGACAGCACGACUACGACACCCUCGGCGGCGCCAACGAUCCCGAAGCCUACAACAGCGACACCGACUACACUUCACACCUCUCACGUGCCGGCUCCGUGUCGAGCAGAUACUCCAUCUACUCGCUGUCGCGCGUGAGUUUCGCCAGCCAACUCGCCCAGCUCAGCUCCAUUCAACUUCCCGAUGCGACCUCCCUCUCCGCACGUAUAUCAUGCAUGCCUACCUCGGCCAGCGCUGCGAACGCUCUGAAAGACUCGUCGGACCAGAUACGCCGCUGGAUCCGAAAUGCCCAUACCGUUCUUGACGGUCUAGACGCCGAAGACGAUGUUGAAUGGGCUGCCGCCGGAGGAAGAGAAGGCUUGGAACAUGUCGACCGUGCCAUUGGUCGCUUCGACAAGGUCGUCAAACUAUACAUACUCUCUGUCGAAGAGCUGCAUCUACGACACGACAUCGCAACGCUACCCAAAGACCAGGUCCAGGCCAACUCCGACGACAUGGAUGUCGUCAUUCAAGAAUGGCAAAAGAUCAAGGAUUCAUUAGCUGGCGUAAAAGAGCAGGUCGAGAUUGCCAUGGAGUGGGAGGAACUGUCCAACUCUGUCGGUAGCGGAAUCGCGACUGAGCUCGAUGACCUGGCUGGCCUGGUGUUCGAAAUGGAAGAGCAAAGACAUUUCUCCGUCACAUCAAGCACAGCCGAUGCUGACCAGCACGUCGAUAUUGAUCAGUUGAAACACAUCGUCGACGAGAAAGCUGGCACUAGCAAGGCCGCUCCCAAUCCGCGCCUGAGUCUACCUCCUCCCUUUUCUCCCACAUCUGCUCUACAGACGACUUCUACCAUUGGAAACAUGGAAGACAAUCUGCUCGCCCUGUUCGCUCGCAUGCAGCCUCUGAGAGCAUCCUUGGACUUCUUACCUAUGCGCCUAUCUGUCUUCCAUUGCAGAGGCAACACCGUCUUCCCCACUGCCUGUCUCAAUCUAGAAGCCAGAAGAGAUUCUCUCGAGGCCCAAUGGAAGAAGCUCGAGGCUGAUGCUGAGUCUCUACGUCGUGAAUUGGGCGAAGACCGUUGGCUUCUGGUCUUCCGGAAUGCUGGGAAACAAGCCCUGAAGAUGUGUCAGUCGGUUUCGCGAAGCGCAGAAAAGCUUGCAACAGCUCUUGAUCGUGAUGAACAGCAUACGGACACGGCUACGCUAGCCAAGAAGGUCGAGAGCUAUGAAGCCAAGAAGAACCAUUACGGCACUGCAAUCGAGAGAGUACUUGCCAUCAUUGACCGUGGCGUGCUUGAUCGACUGACGGUCAAUGGCGAGAUUCUAGGACUCCAAUCUGAUAUGAAAAGAAAAUGGGCGAGCAUUCGAGCAAACAUGCGAGAGCUGGACUCACGCUUGCUAGGAGUGAACCUCGACAUGAGAAACCAGCAACUACGAGAUUCUGUCAGUACCAUUGUCUCGUCCGAGCACUCGAUGACCAGCAGUUUCAUGGACACGCCUAGGAGCUCGUCAGCCUCGUCCGUGAGUCGACCCGACAUGACACCCGGACGAUCAUCCCGCUUCACCCGCUUUGUUAGUGCUAUCCCGCGUAGGACUCCGCAGUCGAAGCCCAAGGAACUGAAGUCGUCUUUGAACCAUAAAACCUCGCGCGGCAACCUGGCUUCGGGUGGAGCUACAUACACGCCUUACACGCCUCCACCCCCAGUAGACCCGCUCAUUCGCCAGUUCAAAGCUCCAGAAAACAAGCCUCGGUGGAACAUCGCAACCAACACAAGAAGCACCUCUCUUCAGUCACUCCACCCUCCAUCCUCAGAACCUGCCACAAAUCGUAGGGUUACCCUGCCCCAUCGACCAACGACUCCACACUCGGCAGGCUCCAAGAUUCCUACCCCGAGUUCCUUCAGCCGCAGUACAAACUCGCCCGCGCCUUACUCUCCAGCGACGCCUUCUAAACGACAUGUAUCGACACCUGCAAGUUCGCCGUUGACUCCACGAGCACAGAGUUCACUGGCAUACCAAUCAUAUUCGUCCAGCAGCGCGAAACCGCGAUCGAUAUCGUCUUCAUUACUACCAGGCGUGCACCCACCUAGAGCUCCCUCGUCCCUUCGAAAGACCAGUUAUUUGACACCCACGCUGGAUGAUCACGACGAGGACGAGGACUACGUGGACUCGGAGAGGCCGGCGCUCAGAAGACAGAUCAGAGCUGCGAGUGCUAUGAGCAACACCGGCACCGAAAGAAAGACCAACGGAAAUCUGUUUGGAUUCUCGAGGACCAAACAAGGAAGAAGUGGCAGCAGGCUUGACACGGCCGCUUCUGCGAGUGCGCUGCGAGAGUAG